AUUGAAAUUGUAAUCAAAAGUGAGAAUUCUGCAAUCCAGUCCUAGUUGAAAGCUUGAACUCUUUCCGUCCGAUCUGAUCUGUCGCGCCCUUUAAAAAACAAAAAGCGAAUCUUUUUUAGGCCCAAAAAGACCAUCACUUCAACAAUUCAAAUUUCCGCGAUUUGGAUUAAAUUCAAACUAUCAUUGUUUUUCAGAAUUUGGGUGAGAUUCUUCCAGUAUUGCUGCUGCCAGCGUUAUAUUCUUGUUCUUGAUGGGGAAAGGAGGAGGCUGCGUUCCCAGCAAGAAGAAGGCAGUGUCAGUCGUCGACGAUCCUCCACGUGAACGCGCCGAAGGGUUGGGAAACGCGCCGAUCGUAGUUGAAGAAAACGUCCAUGAUGCCGAUGGAGAUACUACCGCUGCAUCAAUCCAAGAAACAGCGUCGCACUCGCAUCCAGUGGUGAAAUUGAAGAUUUUCAUUGUGUUCUAUUCAAUGUAUGGGCAUGUUGAAGGACUGGCUAAGAGGAUGAAGAAGGGCGUCGAUGGAGUGGAUGGGGUGGAAGGGGUUUUGUAUAGGGUACCGGAGACAUUGCCAAUUCAGGUAUUGCAGCAGAUGAAGGUGCCGCCGAAGGACGAAGCCAUUCCGGAGAUCGCGGCUGCCGAGUUACCGGCGGCUGAUGGGCUUUUAUUUGGGUUUCCGACCAGAUACGGGACCAUGGCGGCACAAAUGAAGGCAUUCUUUGAUUCAACGGGGCAGUUAUGGAAGUCGCAAGAGCUCGCAGGGAAGCCUGCUGGAUUCUUUGUCAGCACUGGGACUCAAGCAGGUGGCCAAGAAACUACCGCUUGGACAGCAAUCACUCAGCUGGCACACCACGGGAUGCUGUUUGUUCCUAUUGGAUACACGUUUGGACCUGGUAUGUUCAAGAUGGAUUCCAUAAGAGGGGGUUCUCCAUAUGGGGCAGGAGUGUUCGCUGGUGACGGCACAAGAGAGCCAAGUGAGACAGAGCUGGCACUUGCAGAGCAUCAGGGCAAGUAUAUGGCUGUGAUUGUCAAGAGGCUGGCCCGGUCUUCUUGAUGCUUUCUUGGUUUCAUUGUCUAUUCUUGUUGGGCAUCUAUAUUUUUCUACCUCUCUGUUUUGUGGAAGAUUGGUUUUUGGCAUUUUACUGUUGUAGUAGGUCCCAGGAAUAUGAUAGUCUGUUCCCAUGUCAAUUCCCUAGCUGCUCUCGGUUCUGCAUUGUUGUGGAAGGUAUAGAUUUUUUUUUAAGGGGGAAUAACAAAUAAUACUGUGAAUUCGUGUAUCUUCUUGUCCCCUAAUUGUGGUCUGUUUUGAUGAAUGUAUAGUGACGAUUUGCUUUAAUGAAAUUGAUUUAUUUUUGGAAGGA